AUGGCUCAGCAGUACUCCCAGGGACCCAAUGUCCAGAACCAGGAAUGGCAGAGCAACCUGUGCAACUGCUCGCCCUGCGGCUCUUGCCUGCUCGGUACCUUUUGCCCAUGCAUUCUCUUGGGUAAAACUGCCGAUCGCAUGAGGGAUCCUACCAUGCAGACUGCCGAUACCUGCAACAGCGAUUGCCUCAUCUUUACCGCCAUCAACUGCGUCACUGGCUGUGGUUGGAUCUACUCCAUGAUGAAGCGUGGUGAGAUCCGUGAGCGAUUCGGCAUUCAGGGCAGCGGCAUGGGCGACUGCUGCGUCAGCUACUGGUGUCUCUGCUGUGCCCUCAUCCAGCAGGACAACGAAGUCAAGGCUCGCCUCUCCCAGGGUCCCAUCACCCAGGGCUACCAGGCCCAGAAGGAGGGCAUGCACAUGCCUACCUCUCCCCCGGCCCAGCAGCAGCAGCAGUACCAGGCUCCUCAGCCUGGCUACCAGUCCCCUCCCCAGGGUUACCAGUCUCCUCAGCCUCAGGGAUCCUUCCCUGCUCCUCAGCAGACCUACAACCCUCACCAGCCUCAGCCCCAGUACUAA